AUGAUUCGCACUCUGAUCCCCAAAUCCGCGUCAAGCAGAGGUCGAGGCUACGCAACAGAAGCUUCGGAGCAUGAUCUGAUUAUUAUUGGUGGGGGCGUUGCCGGCUAUGUCGCCGCCAUAAAAGCAGGGCAAGAGGGCAUGAAGGUGGCUUGUAUAGAAAAGCGCGGUGUUCUAGGUGGAACAUGUUUAAACGUCGGCUGCAUACCCUCAAAAUCCCUCCUCAACAACUCACAUAUGUACCACCAAAUCCUACACGAUACCAAAAAGCGAGGCAUAGACGUCGGCGAUGUUAAGCUCAACUUGAAACAGAUGAUGGCUGCAAAGAACACCUCAGUGGAUGGCCUAACGAAAGGGGUGGAGUUUUUAUUCAAGAAGAACAAGGUCGAAUACAUAAAAGGCACUGGGGCGUUCUCUGGGGAGAAUGAGGUCAAGGUCAACCUGAUAGACGGUGGGGAGCAGACACUGCGGGGGAAGAAUAUAUUCAUCGCUACGGGCAGUGAAGCGACGCCAUUCCCUGGGCUUACUAUAGACGAGAAGAAGGUCGUUACGAGUACCGGGGCAAUCGCGCUGGAAUCAGUGCCUAAGAAGAUGGUGGUGAUCGGAGGGGGCAUUAUUGGUCUUGAAAUGGGCUCUGUCUGGUCAAGACUAGGAUCUGAAGUCACAGUCGUUGAAUUCCUGGGCCAAAUCGGAGGUCCAGGCAUGGACGCCGAGAUCUCAAAAACCACCAAAAAGAUACUGGAAAAGCAAGGCAUGAAAUUCAAACUCGGCACUAAAGUCCUGAAAGGUGAUUCCAGCGGCGAGGGCGUGAAGCUGGAAGUCGAAGCUGCAAAGGGCGGCAAAGCAGAGACCCUCGACGCGGAUGUCGUCCUCGUAGCCAUCGGCCGUCGCCCCUACACCGCCGGCCUUGGUCUCGAGAACAUCGGCCUCGAGGUCGACAAUAAAGGCCGCCUUAUCAUUGACGAACAAUACCGGACCAAACUCCCCCACAUCCGCGUCAUAGGCGAUUGCACCUUCGGCCCCAUGCUCGCACACAAGGCGGAAGAAGAAGGCGUCGCAGCCGUGGAGUUCGUCAAAAAGGGCUACGGCCACGUCAACUACAACGCCAUUCCCUCCGUCAUGUACACGCACCCAGAAGUUGCUUGGGUUGGGCAGAACGAAGCGGAGUUGAAAGAGCAGGGGGUGAAAUACAAGGCGGGAAGUUUCCCGUUUAGUGCGAAUUCGAGGGCGAAGACGAAUUUGGAGACGGAGGGAAUGGUCAAGUUCCUAGCGGAUGCCGAGACGGAUCGGAUACUGGGGAUUCAUAUUGUGGGGCCAAAUGCGGGAGAGAUGAUUGCGGAGGGGGUGCUGGCGAUUGAGUAUGGCGCGUCGAGUGAGGACGUGGGGAGGACGAGCCACGCGCAUCCGACGCUGGCUGAGGCAUUCAAGGAGGCGGCGAUGGCGACGUAUGGGAAGGCGAUUCAUUAUUAG